AUGGCUGCUCAUACAGAUUAUUCGGGCCUGAAAGACUACCUGGAACGGGUACUGACCGAGGGCGGAUUUCCGGAUGUUCUGCGGGUCCCGAUAAUAGCGCGGAGGGAGGACCACCUUGCCCGUCAGGUCAGUAGUGAGCGGAGGCAACAGGUGUAUUGUGGUAUCUCCGCAGAGCCAUCCUAUGCUGAGCCUGUCCAUGUCUGUCUCGCGACCGAUCAUCACAGCGACACGGUAACGGAGGUGACCUUUGAUAUUGACAGUAUCGUGGGGUUUGCAUCGAGCCUUGCCGUGGCCAAGCAGGGAGUACGGUGGAACCCGACCCAGAUGGCUGUGUCUGAUCUCCAGUCCAGUCUCCACCUCGAUCCCCUGCCCGUGCAGUACCUGGAUCCACAGGGCCGAUCCCACCGGGCUCUUCGCGCCGUCCACGAGAUCCCGCACUACACCUUUGGGCGGCUGACUGGGUUUGAGGAUAUAUCUCUUAUCUUACUGUUUCCCCGGCUCUACCGGAAGGAGCAGCAGUCCAGCCGCCUCCGGGACCAGGACUUUCAGAUCUAG